AACAUGUAGGUAUAUUCCUUAGGGGAUUGUCAUUCAAUGCUUAGAUCACGGGGUUUUCUUGUUUAUGUUAGCAAAGGAGAUAGAUCCCUUCAGUAGUCUGAUUGCUUGGAAUGGAACAGCCAACAGAGAUCAUGCCAAGCAAGAGCACCAAAGCCUCUACAGCAGCCCAUCGGAAAGGCAGAGAGCCCUUAGAGGAGUCCACCAGUGACAUGGAAGUGGAAAAAGAAGGCAACAGAAAGCUUGGUCAAGUACCUCCACAAGCAGUCUCAAGCGAGGUGGUUGAUAAUCAAAGUUUAGAAGAGAUUUUGGAUAGCAUCUCUCCUCCCCCACCUCCAGUAGUGACCAAUGAAGCUGGCGCUCCUCGUCUUAUGAUAACUCAUAUUGUAAACCAGAACUUCAAAUCCUAUGCAGGGGAGCAAACUUUGGGACCUUUUCAUAAGCGUUUUUCAUGUAUUAUUGGGCCAAAUGGUAGUGGAAAAUCCAAUAUCAUUGAUUCAAUGCUUUUUGUGUUUGGGUAUCGAGCACAAAAAAUCAGAUCCAAAAAACUCUCUGUGCUGAUCCAUAAUUCUGACGAACAUACAGAUAUCCAGAGUUGUUCUGUGGAAAUCCACUUCCAAAAGAUCAUUGACAAGGAAGGAGAUGAUUAUGAAGUCAUUCCUAACAGCAGAUUUUGUGUAUCUAGAACUGCCUAUAGAGAUAAUUCUUCAGUCUACCAUAUCAAUGGAAAGAAAACGACAUUCAAAGAUGUUGGUAUUCUUCUUCGAAGCCAUGGAAUUGAUCUGGACCAUAACAGAUUCUUAAUUUUACAGGGGGAAGUUGAACAAAUCGCCAUGAUGAAACCAAAAGGCCAGACUGAACAUGAUGAAGGCAUGCUUGAAUAUUUAGAAGACUUAAUAGGAUCUGCACGGCUAAAAGAACCUAUCCAAGUAUUGUGUCGCAGAAUAGAGAUUUUAAAUGAACAGAGAGGGGAAAAGUUAAACAGAGUUAAAAUGGUGGAAAAAGAAAAGGAUGCCUUGGAAGCAGACAGGAAUAAAGCUAUUGAAUUUCUUUGUUUGGAAAACAAAAUGUUUAAAGAAAAGAAUCGGCUCUGUCAAUACUAUAUUCAUGAUCUAAAGAAACGACUUCAUGAUACGGAAAUGCAGAAAGAAAAAAUUAAUGAAGCAACAAAAGAUGUUAAUGAGAAGAGCAAGAAACUUGGAGAUGAAAUAAAAACCAAGACUAAAAGUUUGAAAGAACUUGAAAAGAAAUCCGGUAAAAUAACAAAGUUUGUUGAGGAAAAAAAAGAAGAAUUUACUCAGUUGGAUUUACAGGAUGUUAAAGUAAGGGAAAAUCUAAAACAUGCCAAGAGCGAGGCUAAAAAAUUGGAGAAGCAAAUUCAGAAGGAGAAAGAAAAGGUAGCAGAAUUGAAAAAAGUGCCUGCUGAUAGUGAAAAAUCUAUCAGUGAAACAACAUCUAAGAAAGAGCUUCUUGAAAAAACAAAAGAGGAAGAAGAAUUAAAACUCAAGCAGGUUAUAGAUAGUCUUAAGCAAGAAACACAAGGACUUCAGACAGAAAAAGAGAGCAAAGAGGAGGAGCUUAUGGAGUUUAUUAAAACAGUGAAUGAAGCCCGUUCAAAGAGGGAUGUUGCCCAGUCAGAGCUUGAGAUCUAUCUUGCCCGUCAUAAUACUGCUGUGUCUCAGUUAAAUCAGGCAAAGGAGGCUCUGAUGACUGUUUCAGAAACUCUUAAGGAAAGGAAAGCUGCUAUCAAAGAGAUAAGUGUAAAAUUACCCCAAGCUGAACAGGAGUUGAAGGAG